AUGGCUAGUAAUACGACGCUCAAUCAGACCGGAAAUGUUGGCAAUCGAACUUCUAGUGACUGCAUUUUUCCGCCUGGGUGGACGGGACCACCGCCCCCGGGGCGCUACGCGGAAGUGUCGAGGUACCUGUGGAUGACGGUGCCACCUGUGAUCAUGAUCGUAGGGCUGCUGGGUAACAUUCUCACCGUGAUCAUCCUUCUGAGACAGAGUCGCAAACUGGCCUCGACGGCGCUCUACCUUCUUACGCUCGCACUGUCGGAUUCUGUGAUGCUCCUCAACUCGCCUCUCCGGAACUGGAUGUUCAGGGGCCUUGACAUGAAAGACGUUCGACAUCUCAGUGAAAUGGGGUGUAAGUUUUCCGUGUUUUUUACAUAUACCUCCGUGCAGUACUCCUCGUGUGUGCUCGUUGCUGUUACCUUGGAGCGACUUGUCAGCAUCGUGUGGCCGCAUCGGGUGCGCCUUGGCUGCACCACCAGGGCCUCCGGGGUCGUCCUCGUCAUCUUGUUGGUAUUCAUUCUCGGACUCAACUCGCACAUAAUCUACGGCUUCGGGGCUUCGCAACUUCCCAAUUAUAAGGGUCCUUGCGAACCAAAGUAUAAUGAAUACAUGCUAUUCUGGACAAAGACAUGGCCAUGGAUUGAUUUCGCAGUUGCGUUUGCGAUACCGUUUGUACUUCUCGGCGGAAGUAAUGCAGUGAUCAUUUACAAGAUGCACGAGACGCACAAGCGGAGACGAAGCAUGAGCGCUUCUAACCAGGGGAUGGGUCACGCCGGCCACGACACGACUAUGGUGACGGUGACGCUGAUACUGCUCACUGUCGUGUUUUUCAUCUGCCUUACGCCGGUUCAGGUGUUCUUUAUUUAUGAUCCUCACAGGAAAAAGAUACUGAUGAACGACUAUUAUUGCAAAGACAUGUACGAGUUUUUUAAGCAAGUUGAGAUUCACAAUGUCUUGUUUACAAUUGUCAACUUGAUUUCAUAUAUCAAUGCGGCUUUUAAUUUUUUCUUGUACAUUUUAAGUGGUUCAAAGUUUCGGUACGAGGUGAUCGCGUUGUUUACAUGCCAACCCACGGGCGAGGGCGUGUUUGGUACCACUACAUCCGCGAGUGUACGAUACAGGAACACCUUGCGCGCGGCCAACUCGACGAGGCACCUUGAGAGAGUGACCAGCGUUACGCACGUCUCUGAUGUCGUUGAACUGAAGUUUUCUGACAUACGAUCGACGCGAAAGUCCAGCAAUGGUAACAAUAAUGGCAUUUUCAAAGUAGAAAACGGAACGCGCGCUGAAAUCGAAAAUGGGACACACGCCGGAACCGAAAGUGAGACGCACACACAUGAAAACGGAUGCCUUAAAACUCGACUGUAG